UGAAUUUUCUCACUCCGUCUGCUAUUGCAAAGGGCUAUUUUUAUUUAUUUAUUUAUUGCUUUUGCCUUUGUGUAAAAAAGUUUCUCACAUUGGCGUCUCUGGAGAAUGGAUCAACGACCCAACUCGGCUACGAACUCGGAUGAUUUCGUCUUACAGAUGGAACCAUCGGGAACUGCCGAAGCUUCGCGUGAAUCGCCUAGUUCAUCCGAUACAGCCAACAAUUCCACUCGAGAAAACUAUGAAUCCGACGUCUGUUACCCUUUCAGCAUUCAACAUCCUUUAGAUACCACCAAUGCCACAGUCCAAUCCGACGUCAUGCAGUCCUAUAUAGAAAACUACCGCGAACCUGAACCCGCGCGACCGGAACCUCAACUUCAACGCCAACUCACAGCUAAGCUCGACGAUCUUUUGGACUUUGAUGAAAAGCAUUCCACCUCUCGAAGUUUUAGCCUUCACCCCGAGCAUAAGCAGGAUCCUACUAAACUGCCAUUUACGGCUGAACGGUACACGUUCUAUUCUGCCGAACUCGGUUCGCUCAAGAGUUCAUCGCUCCAUGAUUUAUUGACCCACACCGUGGUUUACAACGAAAAAGCAUCUUCACGUACCGUGGCCGAUGUGCUAAUGAAUACGCAGAGUUGGUGGAUUGAUAUUUUGGGUCCUACCAACCAGGAAAUGAAGACAUUGAGCAAGAUCUUUCGAAUUCAUCCCCUUACUGCCGAAGAUAUUCAAGCUCAAGAAUCGAGAGAAAAAUGCGAGAUUUUCCAAAACUACAUGUUUAUCAGCUUUCGCAGCUUCAAUCAUGACAUGAACAGUCCCGAUUAUCUUGAAGCCGUCAAUUUUUACAUCAUCGUCUUUAGCGAUGGAGUACUUACCUUUCGAUUCCAACCUCUGCCACAUCCGCACAAUGUCCGACGACGUAUCCAUCAACUGAAAGAUUUCAUCCAUGUCACACCGGAAUGGAUCAAUUAUGCGUUGAUCGACAAUAUUACCGACAGUUUUGCCCCGUUGAUUCAGCAGACCGAAUUGGAAGUGGAUUCUAUCGAUGAUCUUGUGCUUGUAUUGAACGGCUCGGAACAAACGGAUAUGCUACGACGUUUAGGCAGCUGUCGUAAAGUCGUGAUGCAGCUGUUACGCUUACUGGGUCCUAAAGCCGAUGUUGUUCGAAGCUUGAUCAAACGAUAUGAUGAUAAAGCCAAAGAAAUUAACCAUCGCCUUCGAAUAAAAGCAAAUGCACCUCAGGAAUUCGAAGACGGCAAAGUGCACCACGAAGUCAUGCUGUAUCUCGGUGAUAUUCAAGAUCAUAUUUUAACCAUGCUUCAAAACGUGACGCAUUAUGAUCUUAUUCUCGGUCGAGCUCAUCGUAAUUAUCUCGGUCAAAUCUCUAUCGAACUUUCCCAAUCCGGUAAUACGACGAACGAAGUGAUUAACCGAUUGACCUUUUUGGCAACGAUCAUUGUUCCGCUGAAUCUGGUGGCAAGUAUCUUUGGUAUGAACGUGAUGGUACCGGGUCAAAAUGAGAACGAUUUGAUUUGGUUCUUUUGGAUCCUUGCAGGCAUGGCUAUGUAUGCCGUCGCCAUGAUAGCCUUUGGUAGAAGAGCUGGUUUCUUAUAGACAUUCCACCCCGCACUGCAUUCAUCUAGAAUUUAUUAUUUUACCCCAUUUCCUUUUUCAUUUCAUCCAUUCCACCAUCCACCUUGUAACCAUAUCCCUGCAUUAAACAUAGUUUUUUGAUUUUAACUUGAUCAAACUACAUAUCAUGCAUGAC